AUGGCCGUUGAAACGAUGAACGAUAAUGUGUUCACACCGUACGACCAGUUCCUUCUCUUUGGGGAUUCCAUCACUCAAAUGAGCUGCAACCAGGAGGUAGGGUUUGGAUUCCAUGCUGCACUUCAAGAAGCCUACAGUCGGAGAUUGGAUGUGGUCAAUCGUGGCCUUGCUGGAUACACCACCGCCCAUGCUGUCAAGGUAUUUGGCAAGUUUUUCCCUACGCCACAGACUGCUACUGUGCGAUUGAUGACUAUCUUCUUCGGCGCAAAUGAUGCAUGCGUUGAAGGCCACAAGCAGCAUGUGCCCCUAGAUCAAUACAAAGAGAAUCUGAAGACAAUCAUUCAGCACCCAGCGACGCGCGCGCAGAACCCCCGACUCAUGUUGAUAAGCCCACCUCCCGUUAAUGAACAUCAACUGGAGUUCUUUGAUGCUGCAAAGGACACUCCCUUCCCAAGCAGAACGGCUAUUUUGACCAAAUUAUAUGCAGCUGCCGCGCGGGAAGUUGGCGCCGCGCUCAAUAUCCCAGUGGUGGACUUGUGGUCGGCCUUCAUGAAACCCACAGGUUGGAAGGAGGGAGACCCUCUGAUUGGGUCGCGCGAUGUGCCGGAUAAUGAGACAUUGGCUGGUCUUUUGUCUGAUGGUCUUCAUCUGACUUCGGCUGGUAAUCGUGUCGUCUAUGAGGAAGUAAUGAAGGUCAUCCAGGCCAACUGGCCGGACCAGACCCCGGAGAGUCUUCCCAUGGUGUUCCCUUCGUGGAAUGACGCACCAAAAUGA